GUUUAAAAAGAACAUAAUGAUAAUAAUAUAAUAAAAUUCCCACACCCUAAAUAUGCAAAAAGAAAGGUACAAGUUCUAUCAAGAUAAGAAAUAAUAAUUAAGCAAUAAAUAUUGUUUCAAGCCUAAAAUAAAAUAUUAAUUGGUGGUGGUUUACUGUUCUAUAUUCCUAUAUGACGAUGAUAUGAUAUAUGACGUAGAUUGUCCCUUUCUUCCGUCAAUCGAUAACCGCAUCAAAAUUGAAAAUUUCGUUCCCAAAUCGGAAAAUCAGUGUUCAUCCCCACCAUUUCAAUUCAAACAGCAACCAACUCCGAUCCGAUUCUCUUUUCAAUCGCAACAGAAACAAACAACGGUUCCUUCCAGGCAGGAUUAAUUAAUUUGUGAAGUAAAUAGUACUAGAUUAAAGAGAAAGAAGAUGGGGGCAAUGAUGUCGAGGUUUUGGUUCAUGUUAUUCCCUGCAAAAGAGUAUAAGAUUGUUGUUGUUGGGUUGGAUAACGCUGGCAAAACCACAACCCUUUAUAAAUUGCAUCUUGGUGAGGUUGUUACUACCAACCCUACUGUUGGCAGCAACGUCGAAGAGCUUGUUUAUAAGAACAUUCGAUUCGAGGUAUGGGAUCUUGGUGGACAAGAAAGACUGCGGACAUCAUGGGCAACGUAUUACCGAGGAACUCAUGCUGUAAUUGCGGUGAUAGAUAGCAGUGAUAGAGCCAGGAUCUCUAUAAUGAAGGAUGAACUUUUCAGGUUGCUGAGUCAUGAAGAUUUACAGCAUUCUGUUAUCCUUGUCUUUGCUAAUAAACAAGAUAUCAAGGAUGCUAUGACUCCUGCUGAGAUUACUGAUGCACUGUCUCUUCACAGCAUCAAGGAUCAUGAUUGGCAUAUACAAGCUUGCAGUGCCCUCUCAGGAGAAGGCCUUUAUGAUGGUCUUGGAUGGGUUGCCCAGCGAGUAACUGGCAAAGCAUGAAAUUGGGUUGCUGGAAACUAAGGAUGACAUUUAUUUCUCAUGAAUUGUGUUGUUGUGAUGAAUGACAAAAAUAUAUGUAUCAUUUAUAUUUUAAAAAGUCAAGCCAAGCUAGUGUGCGCGCUCAUGCGGGCAUUGUUGUGUAGAAAAAAAAGAUUAUUCUGUAAACGAUUAAGUCACACAUUUUCCCGAAUUGCUAAAGAAAGAAGCCUCAGCACAGUACCACACCUUGGUAACUUUCUUUUUAGCUGUUUUCUUUUACUUCUUCUCAUCAAUACAGCCUAUAUUUCUGCCUGUGUU